AUGCAGACAGAUUUAGAUUCUGUUGUAUCAACUGCUUGGCUAAGACCACUUAGAUGCACUCCCAAUGAGCCCAUUCAGAACCAAAUCCUCAAGGGAUCUGUAACACCUACUAGAGCCCCAGCUCUCCCUACACCUGCCCCCGCUCUGCUAGACUCCCCGCGCGGCGGUACGCCGCCUGCGCCUAGAAAGACAGCGGUCUGGACCGCUAUGACACCGCCUCAUGGCGUUAUGACCCCGCCUGAUGCUAUGACCCCGCCCCUGGCCUAG